UUGUAUUGUCGGUGGUUGUGUGUGGUGUGUUGGUUAGGUAUUACGUGUAAGAUUUAUUAAAAUUGUUUGUUAGUAACUAUUGACGGUAUGUUCGAAGGGGAAGAAGUCCCGCAUUUUAAUGCACCAGUUAUUCAAGAUAAUUCAACUGGUUGGGGUCCGUGCGACAUGCCUGACCAAUUUAAGGACAUGCCGUAUCAGCCAUUCUCGAAAGGAGAUCGCUUAGGAAAGAUAUCUGAUUGGACAGGUGCAGCAUUCCAGGAUAAGAAGUACAUAAAUAAAUAUCAGUCUCAGUUUGGUGGUGGGAGUCAGUAUGCUUACUAUCACGAUGAGGAUGAGAGCACUUUCCAUCUUGUGGACACAACUCGUGUACAGAAACCACCAUAUCAGCGUGGGCGUUUUCGUCAGAAUCAGCGGAACCUUCGUGGUCGCGGUGGACAACGUGGCUCUCAUCAAAAUCAGUUACAGUUGUUGGGGAAGGGACUCAAGAUGAGAGACAGGAAUCAGAGACAACAGCGUAAAUGGCCACAGCGCCAAGGUAUGCGCAACAACAAAAAUCAGCCACCAAUUAAGAGUCGUGAUGCUUCAGUGACGGUGCGUCCUGACUGGACCACUAUUGAAGAAAUGGAUUUUCCUCGGCUAACCAAAUUGUCUUUACCCAAUGUGAAGGAGGGAGAGGAUAUUAGUUGUUGUGGGUCGCUGGAAUACUAUGACAAGACAUACGAUCGUGUAAACGUGAAAAAUGAAAAACCACUGCAGCGUAUUGACCGUAUCUUCCAUACUGUUACUACUACUGAUGAUCCAGUGAUACGUAAACUCAGUAAAACUGAAGGCAAUGUGUAUGCUACAGAUGCCAUUUUAGCUACACUCAUGUGCUGCACCCGCUCAAAUUACUCAUGGGACAUUGUUAUUGAGAAAAUUGGAGACAAACUGUUUUUUGACAAGCGGGACAACACAGAAUUUGAUUUGUUAACAGUGAAUGAGACUUCAGUGGAACCACCACAGGAUGAUGGCAAUAGCCUAAAUUCUCCUCGUAACUUGGCUCUUGAAGCUACAUUCAUUAAUCAUAACUUCUCACAGCAAGUGCUGAAAACGGGUGAACCUCGCUACAAAUUUGAGGAAGGCAACCCAUUUAUCUCUGAGGAGGAAGCAGGUGAAGUGGCCUCAGUAGCUUACAGAUAUCGCAAAUGGGAUCUGGAUAAUGGAGUGGUGUUAAUUUCUCGAUGUGAACAUGAUGCUGUUAUGCAUGGCCCCAACGGGGAACUUCAGUUUGUCACCAUCAAAGCACUAAAUGAAUGGGAUUCUAAGCUGUCUGGUGGUGUAGAAUGGCGUCAGAAGUUGGAUACUCAGCGAGGAGCUGUGCUUGCAAAUGAGUUAAGGAAUAAUGCCUGCAAACUUGCAAAAUGGACUGUACAAGCCCUUCUGGCAGGAUCAGAUCAGGUCAAAUUUGGAUAUGUUUCCCGUGCUCAUGUUCGAGACUCAUCCAAACAUGUGAUCUUGGGCACACAACAAUAUAAGCCAAACGAGUUUGCAACACAGAUCAAUCUGAACAUGGACAAUGCGUGGGGUAUACUCCGUUGUAUUGUGGAUAUCUGCAUGAAACAGAAAGAUGGAAAGUAUCUCAUCAUGAAGGACCCCAACAAGCCAAUGAUUCGACUGUAUGACAUACCAGACAACACCUUUGAGUCAGACAAUGAAGAUGCAGAUGAUGAAGAGAUAGCUGACAACACUUUUCAGCCUUUGUAUCCUUAUUCAUCUAUAAAGAGGAUCUGAACAGAUUGAAGGCAUUCUUGUUCAUAGUAAGUUCCCUUCCGAUAAUGUAAAGUGACUGCACUGUGCUGGCACAUCUUAAUGUGAAGUAGAGGACUUAGAACCAUGAAACAAAAUAAAGCUACAUAGUAUAAAAGAAUCAUACUUUUAUUACUCUUUGGUCUCCAAUGUAGUCAGUUUCAUUUGAUUGAAUUAGAAAAUGGAUAGGGAAAACUGGGACAGGAUGUGAGCUUAAUCAUCGAAGGAAGAAAAAAUUAGACCAUCAUGGGAUCUGUUUAUUUUUCUGGUUCAUCUGUUUCUGAAUGGGGUCAUGAACACGUAUUUUGAAUUUAUAUGGGGUUCUCACUUUUAAUGCUUUAUAAUAUAUGCAUUUAAUGGUAUUAUUGCAUGCUACAUUUUCUUAAGAAUAAUCAUAGUUUGGUCUAAUUAAAUGCACCAAUCACAUCCAUACAUUUUUAUGCUGAAUUUUCCGUGGUCAGGGUGUUUCGUAUUCUUGCAUAACAAGUUUCAGUUUGCAAAUUGUUGCUUCCACAUCUGCAUCAGUAAUCUCAUAGUAAGUAACAAGUCUGGCAGACUUAUUUGUUACGGGGCAGAUCUUAAUAAUUGCAGUUUUGUUUCCAAGUUUGGCAGCUUCAUUUUUUGUGACCUGUAAUUGACAGUUAUCUUUAGAAUUUUACAUAAAAGAUUUUGUACGCCAUUAUUUGCUUUGAUUUUUAAACUUGUUAAUUUUGUUUGCUUCUGAAUGUGAAAUGGCCUAACACAGUAAUAUUUGUGUUUAUUUAAAUUUAUGUAUUGCACAUUUAUAGACUUUAUAUAAAUCUAAUAGGAUGAACUGAAGUAAUAUAUCUGCAUCUACAUUAUUAUGAUAUUCCGUCAGAAAUUAAUCUUUAAAUGUGUUGCACUGUAACAGUCUCUUGAAUAUAACCGUUUCCUUUCAUAAUGUCUGCACCCUGUUUUGUCUCCGUAAACAUAUCUUAAAAAAUUAGCAUUAAUGAAUGUAUUACAAAACAGGAGGGACAUACAAGUCUCACAGAACUUAACAGGGCUGUCAGGAUAUCUCAGUAUAGAACCACUGAUCCUGAAGAAAAGAUAAAAAAAAAUAGUAUGGACACUAAACUGACAGCCUGUACUUGGAAGCAAGAAGAAUAAAAUAUAUUGGCUCAGCAAGUAA